GCGUGCGAGCGCGCAGGAGGGACAGGAGUCACAGGCAAGAAGACGCACGAGAGAAGAAAAAAAAAUCCCAACUGUUUCUUGGAGCGACUCACUUUGAGAAAAGUUAAUGAAGAGAUGUACAGGUUGACCAGUCACCAAAGCGUUAAGGAGCAUGCAAUCAUUGAAGAAGAAAAACUCUGAUGACCUUGAAAAAAGAUACUGUGACAUAUUGCGUGACAUGACGUUUAAAAUGAGAAUCCACUUUUAGAGUCACUGGGCUAUAAUCAUUAGAUAAGGCAUGUUUCCUGCGCUUUGCUUUGUGGUCCAGUACAGCGACUCAUGGGAUGUAGCAAAUGGAGAACUGGGUUCAACUUUGGACACCUGAAGGCGCAGUCGAAGCUCUCCGUCUCCUUUACCAUGAUCAUCAUCUUUUCCUACCUAUUCUACUCCCUCACCGGAUACUGCGACUCCUUACCUCGACCUGUAUACGAACAACAAUCAAAUUUCCUGAAUAAACUGCUUUUAAAUAAUGAACUGAAGUCUUCACCGCAGCGACAACUUGACGCACAGAACACUUCUCCAGGGUCGGUUGUUAGAGAAUUUGAUUUCGACAGUGUUGACUCUCUCUUCCCAACAGCUGACAACGAACUGCUACCGGUACAGGGCGACAACAACAUAUCCAUCUCCAAUAAUUUUGGCAGUAAAAAGUUCCCACAAGCCAUCAUCAUCGGCGUAAAGAAAGGAGGCACGCGGGCGCUGCUGGAGUUUCUGCGCAUUCACCCUGAUGUGAGAGCAGUCGGAGCGGAGCCCCACUUCUUCGACCGCUUCUAUGAUAAAGGACCGGAAUGGUACAGGAGCCUGAUGCCUCGCACGCUGGAGGGCCAGAUCACCAUGGAGAAGACGCCCAGCUACUUCGUCACCAGGGAAACCCCUCGCCGCCUCUUCUCCAUGAGCCGCCACACCAAGCUGAUCGUGGUGGUACGUGACCCCGUGACCCGCGCCGUGUCCGACUACACCCAGACGCUGUCCAAAUGUCCCGGCCUGCCCUCCUUCCAGAGCCUGGUCUUCAGGAACUCCUCCGGGGGGGUCAUCGACACCUCCUGGAGCGCCGUGCGCAUCGGCAUCUACGCCAAACACCUGGAGGCCUGGCUGCACUACUUCCCCCUCUCCAGCUUCCUGUUCGUGAGCGGCGAGCGGCUGGUCAGCGACCCCGCCGGCGAGAUGGGCCGCGUCCAGGACUUCCUGGGUCUGAAGCGGGUGGUGACGGACAAGCACUUCUACUUCAACCAGACCAAGGGCUUCCCCUGCCUGAAGAAACCCGAGGGCAGCAGCAGGCCCCGCUGUCUGGGGAAGUCCAAAGGCAGGCCACACCCUCAGAUCUCCCCCGAGGUUCUCCUCAAGCUCAGGGAGUUUUACAGGCCCUUCAACCUCAAGUUCUACCAGAUGACGGGGCAGGACUACGGCUGGGACUGAGAGAGAGACGGUCACCCUGAUGGCACACUGAGACAGGGGUUAGGGUUAGGAUGGUCCUUUACCUAAGCUGUCAAAGGCCUUGGUGUGCUUGCUGACUGACUGGGCUGAGAGAGAGAUGUUCGUGUUCUCUGUUCUCCCUCCUUGGACUGAGUCAUACUUUAAAAUGAUGCAGGCGAAGGUCCUGGCAUGGGCUUUCCAGAGGUCGAAUCACCAGCUGUUACCCUGCAUACAAGAUGUUUUUGUUUGUUUGUCCAAGAUGGCAGUGAUAGAUAUAAAGAGAAACCCUGAGAAUAUUUACGCACAAUGAAAUCAGCAGGAUCCAUUUUCACCUUGUUGUCUCUCUGAUCUGUUUUUCUGAAAUAUAUUCCCUUCAUUCAGUUCAUUCAUGUUCAUUCAUGUCAUUCUUUUUAGACGGUUAGUGAUGUGUAGAAGCACCAGCACUGAUGCUGUGCAGGGAUGUAUGGUGAACCCAUAUACAUGCAACUAUACCCAAACUGUAACCAUGGUUGUGCUCUAAAUGUGCAAUUAUUUAUGUUACCAGCAUCCUGCUAAUAGGAAUUGUUAAUAUUACUGAUAUGUGUCAUUAAUACCUGUGACAUUUGUUUCCACACUUCCCGUAUAAGCUGUCCUUACUGAUUACAAAUUUAGAAAGUUUAUUUAUAAGACAACAAAAAUGUUUACUGUUUUAUCGUCUACUUUUGUAUUUGGAAGGUGAAAUACUGACUAAAACCA